AUGGAAAAGCAGUAAACGAUUAAACAACCAAACAAACCCGGGCGUGAUAGACAUGACCACCACCACCGCACACACAACCACCACCAGUUUCCGAUUGGGCGAGAUUUGUUAACGCAUUUCCCUCUCACAACGAGUCUUUCUUUGUAUCGACAUACAUUCCAAAGCCUCUGAAAAAGGGUAUAUAACUUCUAAAUCCAUGGAAUAUUACCUUUGUUCCUAAAUCCUAUCUAUGUGGUUGCAAACCCCUCUUCAUAUUUCCCUCCCUCUCUUCAAAAAACCACGAACUUAUCCGUUUUCCUGUCAAUUCAUUCCAACCCAGUUGGGGAUUUUGUCAAUUUCAUCUCUCAAAUCCUUUUCUUUCUCGAGAAGAAAACCGAAUACGCGUUUCCCUUUUUUUUCCGGGUAUAUGACUUGAUUACUUAAGAAUCAGAAGAAUUAGAAGAAUUAGAAGAUAGUAGCUAUGCAGUCAUCGUCAUCUUCAUCGUCGUCUUCAUCUGUAACUUUAGAAACCAAUAAUGCCGUCAAAUUUUUAUCCAAAUUGACUAACUUCGCAUUUGAUUCCAACACUAAGUGCUUGAGUUUAGAUGGGUAUUCCUCGGUUCUCUCUAAUUUUGUGCAGUGCGACAGAAAAGUUGGGGAUUUUUGGGCUGGUGGGAGAAGGAAAUCAUUAAAAGUUGUGGGUUCAUUGAGUUCAGGAACCCGAGGCGCUUCUAGUAUCAAUAAGUUCUUCAAUGAGUUUAAUAAGUUCGUUAGGUUUCAUUGCGACAGGAUUCCACUUGGGUUCGCUUCUGUUAAGCUUAGUUCAGGGAAUAUUAGUGGAUUAGAAGAUAAUGGUGGUGUUUUGGAGGAUGAAACAUUGCCUUUGAGUGGUUUUGAGUCUAAUGGUAAGAAAAAGGUUCUAAUUUUGAUGAGCGACACAGGUGGUGGACAUCGGGCUUCUGCUGAAGCAAUUAAAUGGGCGUUUAAUGAGAAAUUUGGUGAUGAAUAUGAGGUGUUUGUGACUGAUCUAUGGACAGAUCACACUCCAUGGCCAUUUAAUCAAUUGCCAAGAAGUUAUAAUUUUUUGGUUAAACAUGGAUCCUUAUGGAGGAUGACAUAUUAUGCUUCUGCUCCUCGUGUGGUUCACCAAUCGAAUUUUGCUGCUACUUCCACGUUUAUAGCAAGAGAGGUUGCAAAAGGUCUAAUGAAGUAUCAGCCUGAUAUCAUCAUCAGUGUACAUCCUCUAAUGCAACAUGUACCACUUCGUGUCUUGAGGUCAAAGGGUCUUUUGGACAAGAUUGUAUUUACUACAGUUGUCACCGAUUUAAGCACUUGUCAUCCUACAUGGUUUCAUAAACUUGUAACAAGAUGCUAUUGCCCUACAGAAGAGGUGGCAAAGCGGGCCUUAAAAGCUGGACUCCAAUCUUCUCAAAUAAAAGUUUAUGGGCUUCCUGUUCGACCUUCUUUUGUUAAGCCCAUUAGGCCCAAGGAUGAAUUGAGGAGGGAGCUUGGUAUGGAUGAGGAUCUACCUGCAGUGUUACUGAUGGGGGGUGGGGAGGGGAUGGGGCCUAUUGAAGCCACAGCUAAAGCAUUAGGAAAAGCAUUAUUUGAUGAAAAUCUUGGUGAGCCAAUUGGUCAAGUUCUUGUCAUUUGUGGUAGAAAUAAAAAACUCACUACCAAAUUGCUUUCAGCUGAAUGGAAGAUUCCUAUCCAGGUGAAGGGAUUUGUGACUAAGAUGGAAGAAUGCAUGGGUGCUUGUGAUUGUAUUAUCACAAAGGCUGGUCCAGGCACAAUUGCAGAAGCCAUGAUCCGAGGUCUCCCCAUCAUUCUAAACGAUUACAUAGCUGGCCAGGAAGUUGGAAAUGUACCUUAUGUAGUGGAAAACGGAUGUGGGAAAUUUUCAAAGUCACCAAAAGAGAUUGCAGAAAUCGUUGGUCAAUGGUUUGGUCCAAAAGCACAUGAACUCAAGACAAUGUCACAAAAUGCAUUGAGAUUAGCAAGACCCGAUUCGGUGUUCAAAAUUGUUCAAGAUCUUCAUGAACUUGUGAAACAAAAAAGUCUAGUAAUGCAAUAUUCGGGUUCCACUUAAGAAGAAUGAGAUUGAAUUUAAAGCUACUUGUUUAAUGAAAAAAACAAAACAAUUUUGACUUUAUGUUGUAGCAAGUUAUGCUUUGAAGGGAUUUUCCCAUGAAGGUUGUAUAAGAGGUAAAAGAACAUGUUUUAAAACAUAGUAUUCAUUUUGUGUGUGAUUAUAUUAUGUGGGAUUUGAGGUGAAAAAUUUGUAAACAUUGUUUAUGAUUGAUAACAUCUAUUACUUGAACUA